GGCGUCUCACCUCAUUCCGGAGAGACGCCGCCGCUCGGCUGGCUCGGCUGCUUCCUCUGAGUUUCCAGUGAAGAAUAUCGGAGUGCUUUUUGAGGCAUCAUUCUGAGUAAAGAGUUUCACUCCAGCUUCAGUUAUUUCUCUGCUUGAAGACCUCUUAGUCUUAAAGAUGAGCAGUUUAAUGGCGUGUAAGGAGCCGUUUGUUGUUCCAGACCGAGUCAUUUCUGAGCCUGUUGAGGAUACGGACACCACCACCUUUGUGGCAAAGUUUUCCUUGGAGGCCAAUUAUCCUGUCCAAGUCACAGAUCCUCACGAUGCUGUGACACUACAUCUUAGCUCCAUGGCCUCUGGGUACCUGCACCCCUCCUCUCAAGACAAGAUCAGACAGCCAGUUGAAGAUGUGGAGGACUGCACUUGCCCAACAUCUACUUCAGCAGACUGUCCCAAACAACUGCAGAUUCUCGCCAGCCCUUGUGAAAAAUGCUGCUGCCCGGCGCCCCCACCCAAGAUCAGCGACCUCAUGAACGACAAAGACCUGCUGGACUCGCUGCGACUGAAGCUGGACCCAAACCACUGCACCAUCAAAAACUGGAAGAACUUUGCAAGCCGCUGGGGAAUGAGCUAUGACGAACUCACCCUGCUGGAGCAUCGGACCCAGGGCUCCUUGUCUCACAGCCCCACCCAGGAGUUCCUGUUGCGCUACAACCAGAAGACGGUCACCGAGCUCACCGAACUGUGCCGCAUCUAUCAGCGCAUCGACGUGCUGCGGCUGCUGCAAAGCUGGAUAGAAAAGGACUGGCCGUCACGUUGGCAGCAGACUCACUAAUAAGUUGAAGAAUGUAUAUUUAUCUGUUUGUUUCUUCUCCCAGGGUGUACAAGUUUUGGAGUUCUUUUAUAUUUUUUGGAUCCAAGCUACAAGUGUUUUUGUUGUUGUUUUUUUUUUUUUUGUUUUUUUUAGGCAAAUACUUAGAAAACGAACCUUUGAAAAGAAAACAGGUAAUGGACAGAAAAAGGAAGAAGAAUGUCAGUGUUCUGGUCACUAACGCUGAUUAAUAUAAAUAUGUGACUGAAACACCGAUGUAUAGGUAACAGAAUGAUUCAUAUCCUUCAGCUCUCCACCUGUGGUGUCGGUGCUUUUGUAGAGCUGUCUGACGGUUCACAUCUCUUCCAAUAUAGAGUUAGAACAAACACAUGAUGCAGCUCACCAAAGGUACUGUUGUGUAGUUGAAAACAACAAUAAAUGAGAUGUUGAGUUCACUUGAUUUGUAUCGCAACACUUGCUUUAACCAUAACGUAGCCAAUUCACUUAAAUUUAAAAAUACUGUUUGUGUCCCAAAGGGAAGCUAAAUGUUGCUGUAACUUAUAUCAUCCAUGUAUCUUCAAAGAGCUGCAGCCGGUGGUGAUGCUGUGGGCAGGAAGGUCUGCUGCUAGCCAUCAGUGAAGCAAGGGUUGGAGAAGUACAAAACUGUCGUUUUUACAGAUUUAACACAAGUGUUUGGUUUUUGUAGUGGUUUGCAUUGUCACCUCACAGCAACAUGUUCUAUAAUAAAAAAAAACUUCAGCUGUGCAGCCCAUUCUCUCUUUGUGAAUGCGUGGAUUUUCUCUGAGCCUUCCUCUAAGACCCCUAAAAUACUACUUUUUACAUGAAUGAUUGAUGUUGAAUUCCUCUUAGGACUGAGUGUAAACUGCUGGCUGUUUGACAUACUGGUUCCCAGACAAGGAAAUACCUGAUACUCUCUUGUUGCUUGCUUUGAUAAACCUCUCCUCAUGUUGUAAAACUAAAUUUAAUAGGGUAUAGCUGCACAAAAAUCACAGCUCCAUACUUAUUCUAAUUUUAAAAUCACAGUUCAGUACUUUACUUUUCAGUAGCUUCAAUCAAGACAGAUUUCUGAAAUUAAUUUGAUGUUAUGUUCCAAACAUUAAAAAAGUAAAAAGUUAAGAACUGACUGGAGAUUUGAUUGGAUUUUUUUCCCAGUGAAUGAAGUACACGCAGGCAUAGCCAAUGCCUGAAUACAACAAUAUAACAAUAUAGCCACUUGAAAAUGGUCAGUGUUCAUGUUUAAUACGUUUUAAAUGACAUUGUGCCCAUAUUUGAGAAUAAAACAUGUUUAAAUCA